GCCAGUAGUAAUAGCAACCUCCACAUCCAUAUGUAGUGCAAUGGCUACGAGUAUGGAGCCAUCGCAAUUGUCCGCAAAGCAAAUUCUCAACAAUAGUCUAGUUUUGGAAAAUAUCUCUCACUGCUUGAAUUUUAAAGAACAAUUGAAGGCGGCACGUGUUUGCAAGGAGUUCCGAGAAACCAUUGUCCAAUUUAUAUGGCGCUCCAGCUGUAAGGAUUUGGUGGUGUCCGAAAGAGAUGACACUUACAUGGUGACCUUAAAUCAAACUCAAGACUAUUGCUUGGGACUAAAAGAUUUCCUGCAAUUUUUCAAACUGAAUCGGCGUAAUGUACAAAAGCUGACACUGAAGAACUGUAACCAUAGGAAAUUGAGGGAGUUGCUGGAACAAUUGGAACAUCUUACGUAUUUGGAAAUGCAAUAUUGUAAAAUUGCUGAAAAGACGAUCGAGGAAUUGGCCAAGAACUGUAAAGGUUUGAAGACUUUAACUUUUGAUCGUUGCCUGGCUGAAAAUUGCAAUUCUGAAUUGAUAUUGGGUCAAGAUCUCACAGUGGACACUUUGGUACUUAUGUCCUGCCUGGAAGAGUUGAAUGUCUACAAUCGUCAUAAAGUCAAAAUGAAAUAUGAGACUUUGUGGGAUAUUGUGCGCAAUCUAAGGCUAACGAAGCUAUCAAUUAAUUCCUCCAUAUUCUAUGAGGGCUCUGAGAGGAUACGUGAUCUGGUGGCAUUGGAAAACUAUUCGCAAGCAGCGGCGUUGAAUUUCUAUAAGACCCUGGAAAGCCUUGACAUAGGAAGAUUUUCGAAUCGUGCCUCUUGGCUGUUGUUUGUAAAAUUGCAAUUGCCCCACUUUAGAAAUUUGCAGAGCUUGUCAAUUUUCAUAGACUUGGCCAAUUGUGUGCUAAUCAAUGACUCAGUGGCCACUCUCAUUAGUGAUGCUUGCCCCCGUCUCAGAAAGCUAUGCUUCAAGCAAUGCAAAUUCCAACUGCAAGACUUCAGCUUGCCAGUGUCAUUGGAACAUCUGUGUCUGGUAUGGUGUUGGGGCAUAACCUGGCAAAAUCUUCAACAAAUCCUCCAGGACUACCCGCUGGAGGAACUAGUCUCCCUAAAUGGUCAUUACGAUGGUGAUGAUGGGCAAUGCUUCUAUCACUCUGAGUCCCUACAAUCUCUGACCAUUGAAACCUCUCUCAUCAAGGACAUGGUGGAUAUUUUCAGUUGUGCCAAGUCACUGUUUCCCCAGGUAACCACCCUGAAAUGGUUAAACUCCAGUGAAUGUUGUUACACCCAUCCCCAAGAGAUGAGGUAUGGUUUUUCUAAAAUAUUCCCCCGUCUUCAGGAACUGCUACUGGAACAAGCCUAUUUGCCUGCCAGAGAAUUUGAACAACUCAUCUGCCUGCAAUCUCUACAAAUAUCCCUUUACGAAGGCAUGAGUUGGCCUUAUCUCUUCACAUUGCUCAAAUCCUCUUCGUUGCAGCAGCUGAAACUUGAAAUGCCCACAAACAUCAUCACUUCAUUGUGUCCUGUACUAACUGCGGGCCCCGAUUGGCAUAUGAAACUCUAUCAAAUUUCAUUGACCAGAAAUUUAAAGUUGCUUGAGAUGCCCCUAAAGCUUUUACAAAAUGCUCUGCCAUUUUGGCUUGAUCUACUUCAUCAUAGUCAAGAGAUGAAGCUGAAAUUUUACGAUUGGUAUUCACAUAAAAUGUUCAAUCAGAUGUUUCUGCAAACUCUUCUCAAUGCUGAAAAGUUUCCAUCCAUGCGAAGGACAAUCGAUAUUUGUAAUAACAAAGUGGAUUGCCAAAUCCUUCGCAAAAAUAUAGUAAAGACCAUGGAGAGCUAUGAAUUUCACUGUAAUUCCCGAGGACAUUACUUUAUUGAGAUUUAAAAUUCGAAUAUGUCACAUUAAAACUUUGGAGUAUGCUUUCUUAAA